CACGCACGUAACCCGCGACUUGCUUUCGGUCGCACUCACGUCCAUCUUCAUUCAAUCAGACUCCCUUUGGCGCAGACUGUCAUACCAAGAUUGUCACGAUCAUCCACAAAGCGAUUUACAAGCCCGCCAACACGUACCCUGCGCACUCAUACAAGAGGGUCGGCCGCGAGAGAUGCCGCCUUCAUCCACUUCUGGCUCUACGCAGCCGACACAUUUCGAUACGGGAGGGAUAGCCAAUCAGGCAUCUUCGCGAAAUGGUUCCUCAGCGACCACCAGCUCACAUCUUUCCAAAGCCACUUCUCCUACGUCGUUUCAAUUCGGCACUGCUUCUUCCGGCGGUUCUUCACCCGCAAUCCACGGUUCCAGCAACCCUGCCAGCGGCAGCGGCAGCAACACGCUCUCCUCUCUCAACGUAGGCACCUUUUCACCCAUCGGCAGAGAGUCCGCAGAGUCCACUGGUAUCGAUUUAAAUCCGACCGGCGGUUCUGGUAGUGCUAUCUCUAGACCUGCUAGCGCUGCUAGCGUCAGAGUGAGAGUGGACAAACCUUCGGUGGAAGCGGCUGAAAAUGCCAGCUUGUUCACACAUCCGCCCACGGGCUAUGAGAGACCUACACUUCAAAUGGGGGAUCAAGGAAAUAUCUUCGCCAGGCGAGGCGGUGCCUGGCCGGCAGCAUACGCGCAGCCGACGUUGUACUCGAGGACGCGGAUCCUCAUCAGCCAGACGAUUGCCAAUACUCUCUCGUCCGUUUUCCUCAUCCUCGUAGUUAUAUGGGCGCUGAGCGUUCGUGUCCUAGCUGCCAUACCCCGAUACCUCACGGGUCAGAACAAGUACGAACCUAGAGGAUGGGACGAUCCCCAUAGAUGGAAACAGGAAGCUUUGGUCAAGGACGUCAGGUACUAUGCGAAGUCUGCUGGAUUCGAAAUCGUCAAUGAGACUGUAGAGACUGCUGACGGAUACUACCUGAGGGUGCAUCGCGUAGUGGAUCCUACCAGGGCGCACGAGAGGCAUAGUGAUGGCAGAGGCGGCUUUCCAGUCUUGAUCAUGCACGGCCUCUUCCAAUCCAGCGGCUCCUUCGUGACCUCCGAAGAGCGCAGCUUGGCGUUCUGGCUUGCUAGGCAAGGAGGUUAUCAAGUGUUUCUGGGCAACAAUCGCGGCGUCUUCGACAUGGGCCACAAGAGCUUCUCCAGGAGUGACCCGCGAUUCUGGGACUAUAACAUUCGUGAGCUUGCGAUCUACGACCUGCCAGCACUUGUGGAUUUUGUAUGCAAAGAGACAGGCUACGAAAAGAUUGGCUUCAUCGGCCACUCUCAGGGCAAUGGCACAGCUUUCAUCAGCUUGAGCAGGGGCAUGGUACCUGAGCUCGGCGAGAGGCUCACCUACUUUGGAGCACUCGCACCUGCAGUCUACGCAGGACCAUUGACCAGCUGCUUUCCAUUCACGACGCUCAGAAAUUUGGAGUGGAAGACGUGGAAGCGAUUCUUUGGAGUGCUUGAUUUCAUUCCCCUCAUGAAGCAGUCGUACGACUGGACGCCAGCGUAUCCCUAUGCUCUGCUCGGAUAUCAAAUGUUCGCCUUCCUGUUUGCUUGGACGGAUGCCAAUUGGUUGGAGAGGCGCAAGCCAAAGAUGUUCAGGUUCACACCACAGCCAGUCUCUUCUGCCUCGAUCUACUGGUGGGCAGGCAAAGGCGGGUUCGCGUCAAGAGGCUGCACUCUGGAUCCUACGUCUGGAAAGUGGUACGACAAGCGAUUCCCUCCUCUUGCCAUAUACUCGGGAGGAAUGGACUUUUUGGUCUUGACAGACCCUCUGCUGGAACGCCUAGAGACGGUGGAGAAGGAUGUCAAGCUUAUCAGAGCAAAGAGGCAGGAAGAAGCUGAACAUUGCGACCACUUUUGGGCUUGCGAUGCGGUAGAGUGGUGUUUCUGGGACAUUCUGGAGGAUCUCGAAUCUACAAGACCGAUGUAUCCAGAGGAGAAGGAGGCGGGCAGGAAGCUCCCCGCCAAGCCGGACGAGGCUGUGGACCCGAACGAGCGGGCCAUUUCGAAGGGCCAAAAUCCUCAAGAAGCUAGACUGGUCGAUACAGACUAAGUAUGCGUUGCAGUCGACGCAUGCACCGGGCGUGCUCGCACCAGCUGCCACUCUGGAGUCGCUCUAAGCACCCAAAGCACGAUUCCUGUCUUUCACGGUUCGAUUUCGUGCUGCAUUCUCUCUCCUUUCGGACUGCACUUGUUCGCAAAGUUUUCCCCUUUUCUUUCUAUUCCUUGCCACCUUUUCUUCAUCUUUUACUUUGACUCGGGAAGCGGGAAGAUGCACCACCUGCCCUGUAAUGCCACGCAUGACGACCUUCUCUCCAACUGUGUCUUGCCGUCUAUGAAGCUUUCUUGCGCUAAUAUCUUGCACCUGCGACGGCAC